AUGGUCACAGCGGCCGCUGCUGCAACACGUGCAGCUGCACCUAGUGCACCGGCGGCCGCACAAGCUCCUGCCACACCGAACAAAAAAAGCAAGUCGGCCACGGCCUACGGAACGAACUGUGCUUACACGAUUGUGGUCAACGAACUGGACUCUUCACAGUGUCCGGCAAUGACACAACCUGUACAGUCCGACCGAAUUCCGGAUGACGACGAGUAUCAGAAAAAGUUGACUUCAAACGAGGUGCAUGGACUCACUUCGAAAAUCCACAACGUCGAAACGACCCUGCUUGGGGAGAUCGUUAAAAACCGUGAACUUAACACAACAUUGGCUGAACACGCAGUUAUGUUGAGAAAAGCCGAAGACCUAUUCAACAUGUACCAAAACAAUUUCACUUCUUUGUUUCGGACCAUCAUGUUUAUUGAACAAAAAAUUCGCAAACAGAAAGAGAUCAGUCGCAAUUUGGACAACAAACUGUCUAACAUCAUGCUUGAUGUGGUGGAAGUGAACAACGUGUUGUUUCGGAAAACGACCGGACCAGGUACGAGUCUUAAGCAGAAACAUAUUAAGGUGGAAAGUGCUUCGCAUGCGCGUCAAUGUGGAAUUACCAAAGACACUCCCAUUUUUAAAGAUUGUGCUGAUGUUUCCAACCAAGGGCAUAAAGAUAGCAGUGUUUACUAUGUGAAACCAACCUAUUCCUCUUGUCCAAUCCCUGUGUGGUGUGAUAUGGACACACCUCCAAAAGGUUGGCUCAUGAUACAAAGACGAAUCGAUGGAAAACUCCCUUUCAAUCAAGACUGGAUGAAUUACAAAAAUGGCUUUGGUGAUGUGAUUCGAGAGUUUUGGCUUGGAAAUGACAAUAUCUUCUUACUAACAAACCAAGACCGUUAUGAACUGCGUGUUGACUUGUGGGACUUUGAAGGCAACCGUGUCUAUGCUAUCUACCAGAACUUCAAAAUAGAAGGAGAAAGAGACAACUAUAAACUUCAUAUUGGUGACUAUAAAGGCAGUGCAAAAGACAGCUUUGGAAAACACAAUGGACUCAUGUUUAGUACGCCAGACAAAGACAAUGACAAAUGGAGUCAAUACCAUUGUGCCAAGGAAUGGGAAGCUGGAUGGUGGUUUACAAACUGCUGGUUUACCAUUCUGAAUGGACCUUACUAUAAUAAAUCUAAUGUCAGCUAUCGAGGAAUUUCUUGGAAUGAGUGGAAACACGAGCAACUAAGAAGGACAGAAAUGAAAAUACGACCAAUUGCCAAGUAG